AUGGGACUUGCAGAUUCACAAUCAAACUCGCUGGCCGAAGAUUCCAAGCCUGUCGUUCAAUCAUCAGAACCUCUCGCACCACCACCGCGACCAGCCGCCACCAACGCCGCAGACACCCCAGAUUAUUUCUCUACCCUACACAACAACGGAAGCGGCAUUGGUCAAGAAUUCAAUCCUUUUGAACAAUCAUUCGGAGCGCCUUCGACGGAGACACCGGGCAAAAACCUCUUGCCUCCCGUCGCCGCUCUCACAUCUCCUGCCAUCCCGGGCGCCAGCUCAACUGGAGGCUACAACUGGCAAGGUUCACUUCGGUCGGGGCCAUUGAGCCCUGCUAUGUUAGCUGGUCCACAACAAGGUGAUUACUUUGACAGUAUCGGCCGUGGUUUCCCUACCCCCAACGAGUCAUCCCUUCGAACUGGCUUGACUCCAGGCGGUGGCGGGUCUAUGUUCCCGGCCCCUAGUCCAAAUUCACAAGCACUCUUUAAUUCAUUGCAAAGUGGCGGUGCCACUCCGGGCACUCUGGAUUUCCAUCGCACCGCUAUGAAUGCAGCUGCGCGAAUCAAAAACAACCAGUUUGCCAACACAUCUAACCCACAGGAUUCCCUCCCACAAACUAACAACAUGGAUACUCAGCACGAUGCGACAGAUGCUGCCAAUGGCCUCUUUAUGCUAGCCAAAGGAGGUCAAGCUAACAAUCAAUUUGCCGUUCCUAAUGCGGCUCAAAACCAAAUACCACCUCGCAAUGGCCAAGACCAGAAACGAAGUAGUGGUCCUAGCGGAUCCGACAAUGGCGACAGUGCGGAAAGUCAUGAAGAAUCUCCCAGAACGAAUACUCGUGGAGGUCGUGGCAAGAAAAAUGCCAAAGCAGAACCCGCCAAUAAUCGAAGAAAAUCAGAGGCUAACCCAAAAGGAAGCAACAAACGAUCUAAGGGCAACUCGGGGGCUGCAAAUGUGGAUCCUGCUCUGGAUCCCCAUGACGAUGAUGAAAGUGAAGUAGAAGAAGAACCACAACAACAAGAGAAUACGACCAACAAUAGUAGCAAUACCGGCAAUAAGAAGAUGACGGACGAAGAGAAGCGAAGAAACUUUCUCGAACGCAACCGUGUCGCUGCUUUGAAAUGUCGACAGAGAAAGAAGCAGUGGCUAGCGAACCUCCAAGCCAAAGUGGAAAUGUACUCUGCGGAAAAUGACAGCCUCAACACCCAAGUUGCUCAGCUUCAUGAAGAAAUUCGGAAUCUUCGUACCCUCCUCAUGGGUCACAAAGAUUGCCCUGUCGGUCAUGCUCAAGGUAUUGGACAAUUUUUGAGUGGUCUGCAAGAUCCAACCGGGUUUCCCAAUCAGCAUGUUAAUCCAUAUGGUAUGGCUAUACCAAACGGUGCAGCAAUGCAACCUGGCAUGCAGAGAACAUGA